GUGAUGGUUCUGUCAGUAGCCCUGCUACUGCCAGGAGCCUCAUCAUCGUCACUCAGUUUAGGUCUGACGCCCCUACGCCUGGAGACGCUGGCGCUCGCUGAAUCAGAUACCGUGCGUCAGCUCGAGGAACUCUACACAAGCAUCGUCAACGGCACCAACUACCUCAAACGGACUCUAGAAGAAUGGCGAGAGACAGAUUUUGAGGCGGUGUUGCCCGAAGACUCGCCGAGUCACUUCAGACAAUUAUCAGAAAAACGAUUCUUGCUAAAAUUCGAGAACAGUUCGCCAGAUUUCUAUCGCGCGCGAAUUGCGCUAGCAGUGCGGAUGGCAUCUAUAGCAGAUGCAGAAGAGGACGAACGGCGUGAAGGUGUUUUUGAAAUCUCAAAGGAAACGUUGGAGCGCCGAAAUAAAAUGGAAGAAUAUCGAAAAAUGGCGGGGGGCAGCAUGCAUCCUAUUGAUGCCUUCCUCUUUAUCAAGCGCAUCACAAAGACUUAUAUGGCCAGUAGUAACGCUCUCAUGGACAUGCUUGUCACUCUCGAAGAUAUGCUCACCCAACUGACAAACAUGAGAGACUCCUUGGGGCUUUCUGGAGAAGACCUGACGGCCGCAGCAGAGGGCUUACUGCUCCUGCAGGAGACGUAUCAUCUCAACACCUCUCACCUUGCCAGGGGCUUUGUGCAAGAUGGCCAAACUUCGGACAUGGAUGGUUAG